AUGGGGUCUCUGCUCUUCAAUGCGGCGCUGUUAGGUGGUGGCUUCGUGCUGGGCCGUGUGCCAUUGCUACCGCUAGCGUCGCAGGUUCUGGAUGAGCUCAGUGCGCUAUCCACUGCUCGCAAAGCGGUCAUGGCGACUCUGGUUGCGCUGUUAGUAGCGCUCUACGUGCUCGGAAUUCUACUGCCACUGCACUGGGUGGCAUCGCAAGAAGCACAAAAGGCAGCGAGGCUGAGGCAGGUCGAACCUACGUCGUUCCGCCGGGAAUUGCGACGUCGCGGCAGCUACAGCAUGAGCUACGUGACUGACAUCAAGGCCCACGUAUUCUCUCGUUGUUAAAAGAGGAAUAAAAGCAGACUAGGACUCAUGAUGAGAAACCAAGUGACGAAGUUUCUUGAAAAACUAUAGAUCUGCUUGUGGAGA